UGUAGAUACAAUCAUCAUAUCUCUAUCUCCAUGUCAAUUCACAAACCCUCAUUUCAUUCCCCCAAAAAUAUAUUAAAAAAAUGCAUCCUCUCUCCGAAUCCAAUUCCAAUCCAACCGCCGCAUCUCCGCCACCUGCGUUGGACGGAUUCGACGGCGCGGCGGCGGAACAACGUCUUCGAGAAGCGGAGGAUCGAUUGCGAGAAGCAAUUGAGGAAUUACAACGGCGGCAACGUCGCGCGAAGAUGCUAUAUCCGCCGUGCGAUCACGCCGAUGAAUCGUGUGUAGCGAACGCUAUCGGUAAUCUAUGUCAAAGCUUUUUAUUAUCUUAUGGUGUUCGUGUCGGAAUUGGAAUAUUGCUUCGUGCUUUUAAACUCGCUAGACGGAAAUCCUAUUCUUCUCUUCUUGAUCUCAAGCAACUGGUAUCAGAGAAAGACUUGAUAGUGAGAGAGGAGGCUUGCCGGGUUGGUUUGCUUUUUGGAGGAUUUACCGGGUCAUACCAUGCACUUAGAUGUUUAUUGAGGAAAUGCAGAAAGAAAGAAACACCAUUCAAUGUAAUUUUAGCAGGUUCUAUCGCAAGUUUGUCUAUUUUAGCAUUAGAUGAUUCCAACCGGAGGCGUACACUUGCUCUAUAUCUUCUGGCUAGGCUUGCUCAGUGUGCUUAUAAUUCAGCAAAAUCAAAGAACAAGUUUCAUCUAUGGGGAAGUUCAUGGAGACAUGGGGAUUCAUUACUCUUUGCUUUAUCUUGUGCUCAGGUCAUGUAUGCUUUUGUCAUGCGUCCUGAGAGCUUGCCAAAAUCAUAUCAAGAUUUUAUUCAGAAAACUGGGCCUGUUGCCAAGCCUGUAUACAAGGCAGUUAGGGAAUGUUGUAGAGGUUCUCCAGUAGAUGUCGCAUCACUAUCUUCUUACUUAUCAACCGUGAAGGGUGCUGAUGUUGUUGCAUUGCAAGAGUUUCCGUCUAUUAUACCUUGUUCAAUAAUACACCCAGGCACAAAAUCAUGCUUGGCUCAUAAUGCAUAUGCGACAUCAGCUACUUUUAAGAAAACAUUUCCGCUUUAUUUUUCGCUUACUUUUGUACCAUUCGUUGUGCUCCGCCUGCAAAAGUUUAUGGACGCUCCAUUUAGAACCAGCUGGCAUGCAGUCAUAGGAGCUGUUCGCUCAACAGCAUUUCUUUCUUCAUUUGUUGGAAUCUUUCAGGGAGCCAUCUGCUUGCACAGAAAAGCGGCAUCACAGGACCACAAGCUUGUAUAUUGGUUUGCAGGUGGAUUAGCUGCAUUAUCUGUACUUUUGGAGAAGAAAGGUAGAAGAGGAGAGCUGGGAUUGUAUGUUCUUCCACGAGCUGGAGAAUCUUUGUGGUAUAUAUUAGUCAAUCGCCGUGUACUUCCAGAUAUCAAGAAUGCUGAGGUAGCUCUGUUCUGUGCUUGUAUGGGUGGAAUGAUGUACUACUUGGAACACGAGCCGGACACCAUGUCUCCUUUUCUGAGAAGCUUAAUUCGUCGUUUUCUUGCCAGUAGAAUUAGUAACCCAGCCCCACCAUCAAGUCGGAAUCCCUCUUACAACUACUUACAAACUCUUGACGCCAUCAAGAAACCAACGAUGCAGAACCAAGAAACUGAAUUACCAUCUUCAGAAAAAUACAAUCUUGAAUCUAUACCUGGACUAUGAGCAACUUUUUCAGACUGCUCAUACAUACCUAAUUGAUUCAUUCACCUUGACUCAUUAGAUUGGGAUGAUUGUUGCAUCUUAUUCAUACAAUGAUUUGUCAUAACUGGGUCUACGGUGCUGAAUGCUGAUGACCUAUUCAAAUUCAACUUUUGUAGGUUUUUGUUGUACAAUGGAGCACGGUUAGUUCAUUUUUUGUAAAUAUUAGGUACCUCAAAAUUGUUUAGACUGCAACUAAUUGUUGUACCAAGUUCAGACCAUAACAAAUAAGUUGUGUUUCAGCUUUAUGCG